GACCAGGGAGCCCAAAUGGAGCCGCUGCUGCCUACGAGAAAUGAUGAGGAGGCAGUUGUGGAUAGAGGUGGAACUCGUUCUAUUCUCAAAACACACUUUGAGAAAGAAGAUUUAGAAGGUCAUCGGACACUAUUUAUUGGCGUUCAUGUGCCCCUGGGAGGAAGAAAAAGCCAUCGACGUCACAGGCAUCGUGGUCAUAAACACAGAAAGAGAGACAGAGAGAGAGAUUCGGGACUAGAGGAUGGAAGGGAGUCACCUUCCUUUGACACCCCAUCACAGCGGGUACAGUUUAUUCUUGGGACUGAGGAUGAUGACGAAGAGCACAUCCCUCAUGACCUCUUCACGGAACUGGAUGAGAUUUGCUGGCGUGAAGGUGAGGAUGCUGAGUGGCGAGAAACAGCCAGGUGGCUGAAGUUUGAAGAAGAUGUGGAAGAUGGUGGGGAAAGGUGGAGCAAGCCUUAUGUGGCUACUCUUUCAUUGCACAGCUUGUUUGAGCUGAGAAGUUGUAUUCUGAAUGGAACUGUAUUGCUGGACAUGCAUGCCAACACUUUAGAAGAAAUUGCAGAUAUGGUCCUUGAUCAACAAGUGAGCUCAGGUCAGCUCAAUGAGGAUGUACGCCACAGGGUCCAUGAGGCACUGAUGAAACAGCAUCACCACCAGAAUCAGAAAAAACUUACCAAUAGGAUUCCCAUUGUUCGUUCCUUUGCUGAUAUUGGCAAGAAACAAUCAGAACCAAAUUCCAUGGAUAAAAAUGCAGGUCAGGUUGUUUCUCCCCAGUCUGCUCCAGCCUGUGUUGAAAAUAAAAAUGAUGUGAGCAGGGAAAACAGCACUGUUGACUUCAGCAAGGUUGAUCUGCAUUUUAUGAAGAAGAUUCCUCCAGGUGCCGAAGCUUCAAACAUCUUAGUUGGGGAACUGGAAUUUCUGGAUCGAACUGUAGUGGCAUUUGUCAGGUUGUCUCCAGCUGUAUUGCUUCAAGGACUGGCUGAAGUCCCAAUCCCAACCAGAUUUUUGUUCAUUCUUCUGGGACCCCUGGGAAAGGGUCAACAGUACCAUGAGAUUGGCAGAUCAAUUGCAACCCUAAUGACAGAUGAGGUAUUUCAUGAUGUUGCUUACAAAGCUAAAGACCGUAACGACUUGGUGUCAGGAAUUGAUGAAUUUCUGGAUCAGGUUACUGUUCUCCCUCCUGGAGAAUGGGAUCCGAGCAUUCGAAUAGAGCCACCCAAAAAUGUUCCUUCCCAGGAGAAGAGGAAGAUUCCUGCUGUACCAAAUGGCACAGCAGCUCAUGGGGAAGCCGAGCCCCACGGAGGACAUAGUGGACCCGAACUCCAGCGAACCGGAAGGAUUUUUGGGGGACUUAUUUUAGAUAUCAAAAGAAAAGCUCCAUACUUCUGGAGUGACUUCAGAGAUGCUUUCAGCCUGCAGUGCUUAGCAUCUUUUCUGUUUCUCUACUGCGCGUGUAUGUCACCUGUCAUUACAUUUGGAGGCCUGCUGGGAGAAGCAACUGAAGGUCGAAUAAGUGCAAUCGAAUCCCUCUUUGGAGCGUCCAUGACUGGGAUAGCCUAUUCUCUCUUUGGUGGACAGCCUCUUACCAUAUUAGGCAGUACAGGACCAGUUUUGGUGUUUGAAAAGAUUUUGUUUAAAUUUUGCAAAGAAUAUGGGCUGUCAUAUCUAUCUUUAAGAGCUAGUAUUGGACUUUGGACUGCAACCCUGUGUAUCAUACUUGUGGCCACUGACGCAAGCUCCCUUGUCUGCUAUAUCACCCGGUUUACUGAAGAAGCUUUUGCUUCUCUUAUUUGCAUCAUUUUCAUUUAUGAGGCCCUGGAGAAAUUGUUUGAACUCAGUGAAGCAUAUCCAAUCAACAUGCAUAAUGAUUUGGAACUGCUGACACAAUACUCGUGUAAUUGUGUGGAACCACAUAAUCCUAGCAAUGAUACAUUGAAGGAAUGGAGGGAGUCCAAUAUUUCUGCCUCCGACAUAAUUUGGGAGAACCUAACUGUGUCGGAAUGCAAAUCAUUGCAUGGAGAGUACGUUGGACGAGCCUGUGGCCAUGAACACCCAUAUGUUCCAGAUGUUUUAUUUUGGUCAGUGAUCCUGUUCUUUUCCACAGUUACUCUAUCAGCCACACUGAAGCAGUUCAAGACUAGCCGCUAUUUUCCAACCAAGGUUCGAUCCAUAGUGAGCGACUUUGCUGUCUUUCUUACUAUUCUAUGUAUGGUUUUAAUUGACUAUGCCAUUGGGAUCCCAUCUCCAAAACUACAAGUACCAAGUGUUUUCAAGCCCACCAGAGAUGAUCGUGGCUGGUUUGUUACACCUUUAGGUCCAAAUCCAUGGUGGACAGUAGUAGCUGCUAUUAUUCCAGCUUUACUUUGUACUAUUCUAAUUUUUAUGGACCAGCAGAUUACAGCCGUCAUCAUCAACAGAAAAGAGCAUAAGCUAAAGAAAGGUUGUGGGUACCAUCUGGAUCUAUUGAUGGUGGCUGUCAUGCUUGGUGUGUGCUCCAUCAUGGGCCUGCCGUGGUUUGUGGCUGCCACUGUCCUCUCCAUCACUCAUGUCAACAGCCUAAAACUGGAAUCAGAAUGUUCAGCUCCAGGAGAACAACCCAAAUUUCUUGGCAUUCGAGAGCAAAGGGUUACUGGGCUUAUGAUUUUUAUUCUUAUGGGUUCAUCAGUCUUUAUGACCAGUAUUCUGAAGUUUAUUCCUAUGCCAGUGCUAUAUGGAGUUUUCCUUUAUAUGGGUGCUUCAUCACUGAAAGGAAUUCAGUUCUUUGAUAGAAUAAAGCUCUUCUGGAUGCCGGCAAAACAUCAACCAGAUUUUAUAUAUCUAAGGCAUGUACCACUUCGAAAAGUCCAUCUCUUCACAGUUAUUCAGAUGAGUUGCCUUGGCCUUUUGUGGAUAAUAAAAGUUUCAAGAGCUGCUAUUGUCUUCCCCAUGAUGGUGUUAGCUCUGGUAUUUGUAAGAAAGUUGAUGGACUUUUUGUUUACCAAACGGGAACUCAGCUGGUUGGAUGAUUUAAUGCCUGAGAGUAAGAAAAAGAAACUAGAAGAUGCUGAAAAAGAAGAAGAACAAAGUAUGCUAGCUAUGGAAGAGGAGGGCACAGUACAACUCCCAUUGGAAGGGCACUAUAGAGAUGAUCCUUCUGUGAUCAAUAUUUCUGAUGAAAUGUCAAAGACUGCCUUGUGGAGGAACCUUCUGAUUACUGGCGAUAACUCAAAAGAUAAGGAGUCAAGCUUUCCUUCUAAAAGCAUUGAAAGCCGAAAAGAGAAGAAAGCUGACUCAGGGAAAGGUGUUGACAGGGAGACUUGUCUAUGACUUGAUCUUCAAUUUAUUUUUUACAUAUAUAUGAGAAGAGUGCCACAAUUAUUCAUAAAACUGCUUUGAUCAUGUAUUAUAAAUUCUGUCUUUCAUCCCAAAUCCACCUUCAUACUGUAAGUAGUGCAAUACGUUUCAUUUCUGUGUUUAAACUUCUGAACAGUGAGACACCCUUGUGAACAUAUACAAUAGCUAAUACAAGAAUCUCUGUGUUCUUUGCUGUAUUUUAGACAUUUGUAAACACUAGAUUCUCAUUGUCAGUUUUACGAGAGCAAUAGCUUUCUUAAAGAGAUAAGUCAUAUUUACCUAGUUUGUAUUUUCCUACUUAGGGACCUGAAGAUACCUGAUAAUUUCAUUCAGAAGAAUUUUGAAAGGUAGUCUUACUUCUUUUUAUUUUUUAUAGCUUAGCGUUAGUGACUUAUUUCAAAAGACCCAAAUCGAAAAGUUAGUUUGAAAAGCAUUUUUUAAAUAAUUGUAUUUAUGCAUUUCCUUGAUUUAAUAUGAUACAUUUAAUACUUAAGAAUUUAUAUGUAACUAAAACUUAAAGUCAUUUUGAAAAAUAUAUAUGGAAACCUAUUCACAACUUGUUUAAAAGAAUCAGAUACUGAUGCAAACCGUCAAGUAGUAUUUGCUUAAUAUUCAAGUUGUGAUUACGUGAUCAAAUACUAGGCUUGUAUGAAAUGCUUUAGAAAAACUGUAGGUUUUGUGAGAUUUUCGAUAUAAAUCUUUAUCAGAAAUAUGCUGUUAAGUUUACCUCCCAUUGACAAGUGUUUUCCGAAUAAACCUACUAUAUACAUACUUGUGGAAUGCCACAUGGUGAGUCAUUGUACAUGAAAUUCCACUCCUGUACAGUUAUUCCACUGCUAAAGGUCAUGGACUGCUUAAUGCUGCUUCUGAAUCACGUUCUAAUGUUAGACUGACAGGUCUCCAAUUGUCAUUAUUUUUCUGCAGAGCUCUUUUCCACUUUUUAAUUAAAUGCAUGUUGUAGAAAAAGAAUCUUUUAAAUAAAAAUUUCAGAUUCCAUUUGAGAAGCUUCUGUAGAUAUUUCAGUCCAUAUGAAAUAAUCCAUCUUUACUAAGUUUAUACAAGAGGAAGGAAAGUUAAGAAAUUUUGAGCAUUACCAAGAAUACAGUAUUUUAUUUCACUUCAAAUGAAUGUGAAUUAAUACAGACGAAAUCUCAUAGUGCUCGUUUCCUAAGACUUGCCAAUGAUCGUCAACCUUAUGAUCUUCAGUGUCCAGUUUUACAAUAAUUCACAGCUCUGUGGCUUUUCCAAACUAUUAAUUAAUAUUCUGAGUAUAAGUGCACAUGAAAAGUGGAAAAAAAAAAACCAACACAAAAUUCCUCUUGUGAUUAAGCUUAUGAAGGAAAUAAACAACAAAGCCUCCACUAGGUUCAACAUUUUGAUGCCUUCUAUAAAAUUCCCCUUACAGUCUUUCAAGGAGCCAUUUCUUUUACGGAACAUAAGCCUAAAAAAUAUGAGAAGAGUCUGUAGUUAAUAAAGUCUGUGUUUAUAAAUGCCAAGGAAAAAUACAGAAACCUUGCAUUCCAAAUGCAUUGCCUUUGUGUAUUUUAUAUUACAGAUAAUACAUGUAAACAUUCCCAUCGUUUUAUGAUUUAGACUAGCUAUACAUGCCAGUCAGUCCCCCAAGCAGCCUCCUAGUGUUUUAAUAUAUUAAUAACUGUUCUGUUUAAAACGAUCAUAGUGGAUACAAACCUUCACAUGAUCACCUAUUUGAAUAAGCGCUCAUAUCCAAGGAAAUUCUGUAUUUCUGAGUAUUUUUAUAGUCAUUUUGUUCUUGUGUGAAUUUUAAUGCUAUCCCUAUGUUAAUCUUAAUAUUUUGAAAUCAUAUGAAAUAUAAGAAAAAUGUAGUGUUAUAUAUCCCCUCCUAAUUUCAGAUUCCUGGUCAAAAUUACUGAAUAUCCUGAACGUAAUUUAUUGCAAAGUUUUAAGUAAUGUGUAAA